AUGCCGCACAAACCCCUCCGCCAACUCGCCGCCGAAAAAGCCCGCGGCAACAAGCCCGCCAACCCCUCCCAGCUCGGCGAUCCCAUCGACCUCAAGGCCGAGACCAGUGACGGCGAGGAUCCUGUCGAGAGUCCUAGUGCCGGUGGCGGUGACAACAUCGGCCGUACUGGCCUCGAUAUACCCCGGGCGUCGCUUGAGGGGGGUCCGGAUGGGGGGAGUGGUGGGUUGAGGGUUCCUAAGAUGGGCUGUGUCGCAUGGCGGUUGGGUACCUAA